CAAUGUGACACAGCCAAGCAACCUCCGAUCGUUUCUUCACUACCACGCUGUCUGCCAACGAGCCACACACAUCAUCAACCACACACACACCUGCUAAAGACGAGCAAGUGAGGUUGCGUGUCGCUGCCCGUAUUGCGUCACAAUGCCCAGUGACGAAGAAGCUGCCGCGGCUUCAGCACCAGCAGGAACAGGAACAGCAGAACAUACAGCCACACCGCCGCCAGACGCCAAGAUCAGCGCCGCCGAUGGCCGUUCUUACUGGCAGGGCAUCGAUGCCGACGUGAACGGUAUGCUGGGCGGUUUCCCCUACAUCAGCAAGGUCGACCUGCAGGGCUCGCGCAACUUUCUCGCCAAACUGGGCAUUGGCUCGAAGAGCGGUCUGCGGACGGUGAGCCGCGCUCUGGAAGGCGGGGCCGGCAUCGGCCGCAUCACAGAGGGUUUCCUUCUCGAUGUAGCUGAACAAGUUGACAUCGUCGAACCCAUUGCGAAGUUCACCGCCGCUCUACAGGAAAAGUCUGGCGUGGGAUCCGUCUUCAACAUUGGUCUCGAGGAGUGGAAGCCACUUGAUGGCACCGCCUACGACCUCAUUUGGAACCAGUGGUGUCUCGGCCACCUCACCGACGACCAGCUUGUAGUCUACAUGCGCCGUUGUAAGGCCGUUGUUGCUCCCAAUGACGGUCUCAUCGUCGUCAAGGAAAACUUGAGCACUAGCGGUGUCGAUCUAUUCGACGAUGUUGACAGCAGUGUGACGAGGGUGGAUGACAAGUUCCGCGCCCUCUUUCAGCAAGCGGGUCUGCGCCUUGUCAAGACGGAGCUGCAGAACGGCUUUCCCAAGGAUCUAUUCCCGGUACGCAUGUAUGCACUCAAGUAGCGGGCUGGGAAAACCAGCGGUGGCACGGCACGGCGACGGCGGCGGCGGCGGCGGCGGCAAACCAUGGAUCCGGGGCUCAUCGCCGGGAGACCAGGGGUCCUGGGGGCCGGCUGGAAGGGCUAGACUAGGCCCAGGUUAAACCCAAGAGACACAAUCCCGCAAUUCGUUUUUCCCUUCCCCUGGCAGCCUAGCAUGGGAAUGGGAUGACAUGGCGGCUCGGGCUCCGAUCUACUGCACGAUGCGGCAGCCCCCGGUCGUUCGUUCCUUUGGGGAGCCACUUUAAUUCUCCGAUCUCAGAAAACCGGGACUGCGAGAAAGCGAGAGCGUAAGAGAGGGAGAAACACCCGGCCGGACGGCGGUACCUGGUCCGCAGGAGUCUUGUAUGUAUGUGUACAUGACCCGCGACCAGCCUGCCACGUCGAUGUUGCAGAUGCAGCAGAUAGGCGACGACGGACGACAGGUGUGGGUGUGGUGGGCGUAUACAGGACCGCCAGGUUCGUUGGGUUCGGCUGGGCCUUGUUCCCCCUCGGCGGGCUACAUACAUGGCCUUUGCCUUUAUGCAUAUACACUAGCGAUGUCGGACGUCACUAGCUGCACCUCUUCCCCUUCGCCGCUGCCAUACGUCCCGCGAUGGAAUGCAAUGGGGUAUGACCAGUUGGGCAUGCAGUGCAAACGCAGCAAGGAGCUGAGACUUUGCGAGAAGCAUUGGUGCCCAAAAGCAAAAAGCAAAAAAGCCCGUUGCAUCUCCCCUGCUUCUUCCCACCCUCCGUAUAUGAAUGGACCUGAACGGUGUAAAAGUGAGGCGAACCUGCUGCAUGCUGCAGUUCUAUAUACAAUACGGAGUGCAUAUCACCAACUCAAUUGGCAACAAACAUGAGUCAAAGGGCUCUUUCCUAGGUAAACCGCCAAAAGAUAUUAUCGUGAAGCGCAAGAAGCGCAGGUUGGACAGAGUGUUUAGGCCUCGGACCCGGUGCCAUCGACAACGCAUUCUGCUUCCAGUCCCAAUGAAGCUAUCGUCGUCCACGUCCGUGAGAAACCUGGCCAUUGAAAUGUCACGAUAUCAAGGUAGCACGAGUCUUUAGCAAUCGAUAGCGAGACGCGGUAAGCACGGCGACAAAGAGAGGGA